AUGGCGAUAGCGCUCGCCCAGGUGAUCGAUUUGAUUCAGUGGGACGCGUUUGCAGCACCUGAUUUGGCGAAGGCCGCAUCUUUACCUGCUGAGGUUAAGGAUGAUUCUGUGGCGAACAAAGGGAAAGAAAGUGAGGGUUCAGCUGAGCAGAAGAAAACUAUCACUCCAACUCUGCCGAUUCCGUCAAAGCAAAACUCAUGCAGCUCGAGAGAGAGCUCGCUGGUUUCGCCAACAGCGGUGGACAAAGUUGAUACGCCCGAGUUGAAUCCUCCAGAAGUAUCAGAGGUACCUAUGGCGGUGACCUCUCUUUCGUCUACUACGUCGGGGAGGAUGAAGAUCUCCUUGAGAUGGGAGGAUGUGAAGGAUUUGUACGGCUCUGACAAACAGGAGGCGAAGAAAGCCAUUGAGAAACAGUUCGUUGAG